AUGGGAGGCACUACCCACGAAGAGUUUUUAACACUAGACCCUCGUGUCUUAGCAGAACUACCUCGAGGAAGCAAAAUCCUCUCGGCAUCCCGUCACGGCACCAGCUUCUGGACACAGACUGGACGAAUUGACACCCAGCUCUCCAAUGGCACUCUUACGUCCUACUUCAUCAAAAUCGUCACGAAAGAAGACGGCCAGAAAAUGGUCCAAGGGGAGUACGAGUCCAUGAAAGCCAUCCACGCCGUUUCCCCAUCAUUCGCACCAAAACCACUAGGUUGGGGCUCUUAUGAACAGCGACCUUACACACAUUUCUUCCUCUGUGAGUACCGGGAAAUGAAGGCCGGGAUGCCCGAGCCGGAGGAAUUCGGCGCUCGGUUGGUAGAACUGCAUCGGGAGAGUAAGUCCCCGAAUGGAGCGUUCGGAUUCCACAUUGACACGUGGAGUGGGAAUAUUCCGCAACGGAAUGAAUGGGAGGGGAGCUGGGAGGUGUUCUUUGCGAAGAAUAUGCGGUGGGCACUGGAUUGCGAGAUUGAGGAGAAAGGGUUUAAUGCGGAGUUUGAGGCUCUUGUGCCGGUCAUCUUCGAGAAGGUAAUCCCGCGGCUAUUGAGACCAUUGGAAAGUGAGGGUCGAUCGGUGAAGCCUUCCCUCGUGCAUGGUGAUUUGUGGUAUGCCAAUUCGGGUGUGAAUGAGGCGAGUAACCAGUCGCUUGUUUUCGACGCUUGUUGUUUCUAUGCUCAUAAUGAAUAUGAAUUUGGUCAAUGGCGACCAGUUUGCAACCGAUUCGGACCGGAAUACCUGACUGCAUACCAUCGAUAUAACGAGAUAUCAGACCCAAAGGAAGACUACGAUGGUCGGUUAGACCUCUAUAAACUUCGGUUUAACACACACGUAUCUGCCUUAUUCCCGGAGAACGAAGCCCUAAGAGAGCAGAUGCUCAAUGACAUGAGAGACCUGGUUCAACGAUAUGGAUAA